AUGUCCAUCGCCAAGACAGUCCUUCACAAAUUUGUUGGCUACCUGGAGGCGCAGGCCUCGGAGCUGAUCUGGAAACCUCGGUGCUCCGCGACGAUCGCGUGGGAACAAAGCCAGGGCAUCUCUGCCAAGGACAAGACAUCCAAGUACACAGGCCCCCGAGGUGACUGGAGUCAAGGAUACGGUUACAUCACGCACGAUGGUUUCUCGACAAUUGUUGCGCAGAGCCAGGUUCUGGACCGGACUGCGACUGGUGGAUGGUGCACUGAAGAGUUUGGUCUGUAG